AUGGCAUCAUCUUCGGAAGUAACACCGGAGAAUUUCGUUCGUGCUGUUCAAAUGCUUUAUCAUGAUCAAGAUGCAACACGAAAAAAAAUAGCUUCAGAAUGGUUACUUAAUGUUCAAUCAUCGUUAUAUGCAUGGACACUUGCUGACCAAUUGAUACGAAUGAAUCAAAAUUCUGAAGUAACUUGCCUAUCGGCUCAAAUCUUACGACAUAAAAUUCAACAUAAUUUUGAUGAACUUCCAGUAGAACAUUGUAAAGGUUUAUGUGAUUCUUUACUUGAUCAUAUAUCCCGAAUAGAACUCACUCGUAAUACAACAGUGCGUGUUCAAUUAGCUGUUGCAACUGCUGACUUAGCUCUUCAAUAUGUUGGCUGGGAACAACCAGUAGAAGAUGUUGUUGAAAAAUUAAAAACAUCAAGUGAACAUAUGUUAACAUUACUUGAAUUUCUAACUGCAUUACCUGAAGAAGUUAAUACAUCAACGAUAAGAAUUGGAGAAAAUCGUCGUCAAUAUUGUCGAGAAAAAUAUUCAAAUUGUGGAAAACAAAUUCAUGAGAUUUUAAUUUUUCUUCUACAAGUUAAUUCUUCUCAUAAUGAAUUAUUAUUCAUUGGUAUCCUCAAAUGUUUUGCAGCAUGGAUAACUAUUCGAGCAUUUGAUGAAAAUAUUUUACUUUCGUCGCCAUUACUAAUUAGUGUUCUAGAUAUGCUUAAAUCAACUCAAUGUUCAAAUGAAGUUCAUAAAAGUGCAUGUGAUUGUUUAUGUGAUAUACUUGAACUAUGUGAAGACUAUCAAAAAUUUUGGUCAUUGGCAGUUUAUUUAAAACAACAAAUCAUUCAAUAUCUAUGUCAACCUUAUUUUCAAGCAGUAAAAGAUGAAAAUCUUGAUAAAGCACAAAAUUACACAAGAAUCUAUACAAAUUUAAUUGAAUCGAUUCUUGACUGUCUUGUUGAUGGUCGUCAAUCGGAUUUAAGUGAUCUUUCAUGUCUUCAUCUAUUACUUUAUCCAUUAGAACAUAGUGACUAUGAAGUUGUUCAAUCAACAUUUUAUACGUGGUAUAGUCUUUCUGAAUUGAUUACAACUAAUAAUGACUCUCUUAUUGAUAAAGUAAGACCAUAUAUGGAGAAAUUAGUAGAUAUAUUAUGUACACAAUGUAAACUUGAUCCUGAUCAUUUGGGUAUUCCACCACAAACCGAUGAAAAAAAUUCAAAAAAUACUGCAUCAUCCAAUAGUGAUUUAGCUGAAUUUCGUUAUCGUGUUCAAUGUCUUAUUGAAGAUACUAUUUAUAUCACAGGUGCUUUGAAUUGUUUUCAACGUAUGUUUGAUAAAUUACAAGCAUCAUCAUCUUUAUCAUGGGAAGAAAGUGAAGCUCCAUUGUAUAUAAUGAGUUGUGUUGCUUCGUAUUUAUCACCUAGUGAAGAUAAAAUAGUUCCAAAUGUAAUUCAAGCAAUUAUUUCAACACCGAUACAAUCAGGUGUUGUUCAUUCAGCACUUAAAUAUACAGGCGUUCGACUAAUUUCCCAACUUGAAAAAUGGAUUUCUAAAAAUGAUCAACAAAUUUUAAAAUCUGUUUUUCAAUAUCUUCUUUCAUUACUCGGUGAUAUAGAAUUACGUCAAGUGUCAGCCGAUGCAAUAUUAGUUAUUUCUCAGCAAUGUCGAAAACAACUGAUUAAUGAUCUCGAUCAAAUUGUACGAGCGACACUUUGGUUAGAUCAAAAUGACAAUGGAAGUGAAGCAGCUCAAUGUCUUCUUAAAGCUUCAUCGAAGCUAAUAUCACGUUUGACAUCGAUGGAUGAUAUUCAUCGUUAUUUAAAAUUACUUUUCGAUCAACAAAUUCAAUCAUUGAAUCAGAUUCUUUCUAUUCAAGCUGAUACAAAUUAUAGUUCAAUAACAAAACGACUUGAUUGUUUGACAGCAAUAUUUAGAAGUCUUGAUUUCAAAAUUACACAAGAAGAAACACAUCCAUGCACAACUAUUGUUCAACAGUUGAUGCCUUUACUCAAUGUAAUUAUCGUACAAUAUCGUUCAUCAGCAAAACUCAGUGAAUGUUGGUCACGUACAAUCCGUUUUAUAAUACGAUCAAUGCGGUUUCAUGCGAAAUUAUUUUUUCAACCAAUUGUUGAACUUAUCGUUACCAGUUAUGAUGAUGUUCCACAUUCGUGUUUUCUUUACUUAAUAUCGAUUAUUAUUGAUGAAUAUGGCAAUGAUCAAGAUUUAAAACCAUCCAUUAUUGUCAUGAGUGAACACUUAACAAACAAAACAUUUUCGAUGCUUAAUAAACCAGAUGGUUUUAAAGAAAAUCCAGAUCUUGUUGACGAUUUUUAUCGUUUAUCAUCAAGGUUGCUUCAACGAUGCCCACUUGAUUAUCUUAAAUCUAGUGUAAUUCGACCAAUAAUUGAACAGAUAAUUCCCAACUGUCACUUAGAACAUCGAGAUGCAAGCUCAAGUAUGAUGGCAUUCUUACAAACAUUGGUUAAACUUACAUCAAAUAAAAACAAAGAAAUCAAAAAUAAAUAUGAAUUACCUGAAGUUCUUUCAUUGUCUACAUCAUUAUGUGAAACAUAUUUCCCUAGUCUUUUAACAGCAUUAAUUCGUGCUAUUGCUAUUCAUCGUGUUCCAUCGUCAAUUCGUUUAUCCAUAUCAGAAUUCGUUUGUGAUCUUAAAACGUAUAUGUCCGAAAAGUUUCCUCAAUGGUUACAAACGUCAUUAGCAGAAAUACCACGGACAAGUAAAAAUGGCUUAGUAGAAAUUGUUACUUCAAAACAGCAUGAACAGUUUUAUACUGUGUUGUGCGAAAGUGAUACUCAACCAUCAGCAAUUGAUUAUGAAUUUGAAACAUUUGCAAAAUUAUAUCGAUGA